UGUGAUCAGCAUUUACAAUCAGUUGACUUUAAGGAAAGCAGUUUAACUUCCAUAAUGUGGAUGGGUCUCAUCCAAUUAGUUGAAGGUGUUAAGAGAAAAGACCAAGGUUUCCUGGAAAAGGAAUUCUACCACAAGACUAACAUAAAAAUGCGGUGUGAGUUUCUAGCCUGCUGGCCUGCCUUCACUGUCCUGGAGGAGGCAUGGAGAGACCAGGUGGACUGGAGUAGACUAUUGAGAGACGUUGGUCUGGUGAAGAUGUCCGGGAAACCACGAGCCUCCAGCCCAUUGUUCAACAACCACCCACCAACACCAAAGAGGCAAGAACAUGGAAAGCAUCCUCUCAACCCUGGCCCAGAAGCCUUAUCAAAGUUCCCAAGACAACCCGGAAGGGAAAAAGGACCCGUCAAGGAAGUUCCAGGAACAAAAGGCUCUCCCUAAAAGACCACCGCUUCAAAAACACCUGAGGAAUGGAGUGGGCCAACACUAUCCAGCCACUCUGACCAGCCGAAGGAGGAACUCAGUCAAAAUGAGCCACAGUAGGACCACAAGGGCAAGGAGACCAGCAGCUUCUCCAGC